UGAAUUUAACAGGGUGGCAGCACUUGGUCCAGGUGGCAACGCGUUGUCUCUUAAGACGUCUCUUUUAUACUAAAAGGAAAAAUAAAAUAAAUUUAUCUACAACUUUGUGUAUGUAAUAUGUGCAUCUUGUAACUUCCCAUUUCAUAAAAAGCAAUUAUUAAGGUCAGGAAAUAUCAGAAUUCAUAAUGAGCGCAGCACGACCCUUCUGUUUCGUUUGUGGCAAGGUGAAGACUGUUGGCGUCUUUCAGCUCAUUGAAGGAUGCAUCGUACCUGGGACCUUUAAGCCCAUCAAAGAUAUACUAAAACACUUUGAAAAAGUAAUUAAUCAGCGUUUGGUUUUAUUGCCAACCUCAGCUGCAUGCAGAGAUUGCUUGGAGUAUCUGUUCAACUACGACCGGCUUGUUAGAAAUCUAAGUCAAGUUCAACGUCAAAUUGCAGAUUCUUUGCUAGGUUGCCGAAAACAAAAGCCAGGAUGUUUGCCGGCCAAGAAAGCUGUCAUAACACCUAAAUCCCAUGAUGUGAAAACAAGCAUCGCAGAUCAAAGCGAUGAAUCUAUGAAGUUAUCACCACAGAAAGCUGUUAAGCUGGAGUCGAAUGAAGAUGCAAUGAGCGAUGAUCAGCCAGAGGACUUUCCAUUUAGCGAUGGCGAGGACAGCACGGAAUCGUCCGAGGAAGAACUAAACCUAGAUAUUCCUUGUCAUAUAUGUGGCGAAAUGUUUCCAAACCAGGAUAUUCUGGAAAAGCAUAUUAAAACGGAUAAUUGUCAAAAGAACGAAUGCGCCACCUGCAAUAUCUGCGGCAUUAAAGUAAAGGACGAGGAAGUACUCGAUUUGCACAUGAAUCUGCACGAGGGAAAGACUGAGUUGGAAUGCCGAUACUGUCCAAAAAAGUUUUCUCACAAACGCAACGUUCUGCGGCACAUGGAGGUACAUUGGGACAAAAAGAAAUAUCAAUGUGAAAAAUGUGGUGAACGUUUCUCCCUCUCCUGGCUAAUGUAUAAUCAUCUAAUGCGACACGAUGCCGAGGAGCAUGCGCUAAUUUGUGAGGUCUGUCAUCAACAAUUCAAAACAAAACGCACCUACAAGCACCAUUUGCGAACCCACCAAACGGAUCGACCGCGUUAUCCAUGCCCGGAUUGUGAGAAAUCCUUUGUAGACAAAUAUACGUUAAAGGUUCACAAACGUGUCCAUUUACCAGUUGAAGCCACACAGGAAUAAAGAAGUAUAUUUAUUCAAAUUCCAUCAAACGUCUACUUUUCAUGCAUUAACAUUCAAAUGUUCACAUGUACUAUGUCCUAGACCCAUAAAUUGAAUAAAACAUAGGUUAAAAUAAAGUUUUGCCACCCUAUAAACCUA